CAAACAUUAAGACCAGAAGUGAAAGGGGAAUAGAUUUCAGUUAAGCUUCUCUGAACAAAACCUUAAUGCUAGGCAUCUGGAUACUGAAAGCUAAAUUCAAGCAAGUCCAAUUAUACACAGGAUUUCACAGAUACCCAGCAUCUGCAGUUUUUGCUUUGGAACCUUCCACUACAUCAUCCCAAGAGUGAUGAAUGUUAAACUACAGUCUGUUGAUCAACAAUGCCAUGCCCUCUCGACUUCAUUCCUAACCCCAAAUGCACAGAAGAAAUACAAAGAUUGAACUAAGUCAUCUCACCAGCUGAAAAUAUGGAAACUGCCAGUUUGUCAAUAAGCUACCGGCUAUCAGAAAAUGGAAGUAAAUUGCUAGAAACAAGGAUGGAAGGCAACAAACCAGCCAACCAUAACUGCAGCAUACAUCAGGACUUUCUAAUGGUUUUUUUUACCAAUAAUGUACUCCUUCAUUUUUUAACAGGACUGAUAAGCAACGUUUCAGCACUCUUAGUGUUUUUCUUCAUACAAACCAAGAAAAACUCCAUUCAUGUCUACCUGAUCAAUAUGGCAAUUGCAGACCUCCUCUUAAUUGUCUGCUUACCUUUCAGAAUAGCAUAUCAUGCAAAUCAUGACCAAUGGAUGUUAGGAAAAUUGUUCUGCAAGACCAUAGGCAUUUUGUUUUAUAUGAAUAUGUAUGUUAGCAUCACACUUUUGGGAUUCAUUAGUAUGGAUCGGUACUUAAAAAUAAUAAAGCCAUUGCAGCACUUUAAGUUACAAGAAGUCACCAUAAGCUUGUAUGAUUGUGGCAUAAUCUGGGGUGUCUCCAUUCUGAUUGGUAUAAUAGAGAUUUGGAGGAGCAAAGCAACUGACAAUUCCACCAAAUGCUUCCAUUAUAGAGCAAAAAGUCACUUGACAGCAAUUAUCAAUCUUCUCAUUGUAAUUUUUUGGGUUGUGUUCUUUUUCCUCAUCAGUUCAUAUGCAAAGAUUGCAAAAAAACUUUCUAAGCUCAAUAGAGAAAAGCCAGACUUAUCCAACAAGAACAUUUUCAAAAACGUUGUAAUGAAAACAUUCAUUAUUCCCACCAUUUUCACCGUAUGUUUUGUCCCAUUUCACAUCUCCCGUUUCUUUUAUAUCGCAUCUCAGCUCCAGCAAGCGAGCUGUUACUGGAAAAAUGGUAAUAAAACAAAUGAAAUAUCACUUCUGUUAUCUGCUUUCAACAGUUGCCUGGAUCCAAUAAUGUAUUUUCUGCUCUCCAAGACUGUUAGAAGAACUGUAUUGAGCUUAAUUAAUGGAAAACUCCAGAAAGAUUCAAGAAGUGAAACCACAUAAAAGCUGUAGUAUCCUUGGUCCUUAAUAUUCAUGGAAUGGCUUAAAUAAUAAACAUAUUGUGGUAUUUGUUAGGUAUGUUUAACAAUGAGCCCAAACAGAAGUAUGGUUCGGAUUUUUUGAAGUUAUAAAUUAAUAAAUGAACCAGUUUGCAUAUUUUUAGAUGUCUUACAGGAUGUUAAAGAUGUCAAGGGAACAGAUGUAAAAGAUCUCUACCAAAUGCAUUUCAGUUCCAGUGACAUUAAUAGGCAGUUCUUCCCAUUUGCCCAUGUUAUAUGGUUGCAAUUCACAUUGUUACUGGAAAACAGGCUUUCACAGUCACAAAAAUGAAAAGUAUAUGUUGAAAAUCCACAAAUUGGAGCAUAAAAUAUGGUAACAAAUUGUGGAAGAGGCAUCUGCAAAUGUUUGGAUAACCAUAUGCAACAUUCAAUAUAUGAAUACAGAGUACACCCCGAUCUUUCAAGGUAGAGACAAUCCCCAGGUUACAUAAGGGUUCCAUCCUGAGAACUGUACAUAAACCAAUAUUUCCUUAAGUGACUAAUGUAUAAUUUCAAUGAGGGUCAAUUAACAUAAACAUUUAUUUGUCUUCCCUUCUGUUGUUACAAUGGUAUAGAAUUAGAAUGUCUCCCAUCCAAUGGCUAGUUUUGAUGGCAUUGAAGUAUCAAUGAAUGCUACAUUUUUUUGUAUAGUAAGUAUUUUAUAAGUUUCCAAGGCAAAUAAAGUAAGUUGCCUCUGCUGUGAACAGGCAGCUGUUUUCAUAAAUACAAUGUACCUGUUUGAUUACUGCAGGGAGGUUGCAUAUAAACAGUUUUAUGAAGACUGGUUGACUUUUGAAUUAAUUUGCUGCUGCCCCUGUUCCGCAUUCCUGAAGAUGCUUGCAUUACUGUAACUAGCUUUCCUGUUUUGAAAAAUGCUUUAAAAACUUAUGGGAAAAUUUCCAUGAAGUCAAACUUGUCUCUCCUGUAUUUGUGGUAGAAAGGAGUAAUUGUUCAGGAGGACACAAUCUCUGAAAUUUUAAUGUGCAGGUUCAGUUCGCAAUUAGAAUGGCAAAAAAUAUAUUGGUCUUUAAUCGCAAGAGAAUUUGAAUGCAAGAUGACUUUCACCAAUGAUAUAUAGCCCUAGAGAAAAUGCAUCUGGAAUACUGUGUACACAUCUGGUUUCCCUGCUUGUGAGGGACAUACUUGCAACAGGGAAAGUAAAGGAUCAUCAGGCUGAUUCCUGGGAUUAUUGCAUUUGUCUUCAGAGGAAAGAGAGACUCAGCAGACUAAGUCUGCACUCUGGCAUUUACAAGAUAGUGAGGUGAUUUUACUGAAAUGUAUAAAAUUCUUAAGGGGCUUGAUAGAUG